GAUUUUUGCCAACCAAAAAAACAGCGCCCCACUCUGGCGACUCACCCAUCAUUCUGCCAGCAGCUUGUCGGUCAAUUUAAUCGCGACGUUGCCAAACCAACGACUCUCGACAAGAAACAAGCGCGACCGGCAAUUCAUCCGCAACCAUGGCUACCGAGCUGACCGUCCAGUCGGAGCGUGCUUUCCAGAAGCAGCCUCACAUCUCUCUUGUCACCAAGAGCAAGACCAAGCGUCCCGGCAAGGGUGGUCGCCGGUGGUACAAGGAUGUCGGUCUGGGCUUCCGUACCCCCAAGACUGCCAUUGAGGGCCAGUACAUUGACAAGAAGUGCCCCUUCACCGGUCUCGUCUCUAUCCGUGGUCGUAUCCUGACGGGCACUGUUGUGUCCACCAAGAUGCACCGGACCAUCAUUAUCCGCCGCGAAUACCUCCACUUCAUCCCCAAGUACGCCCGUUACGAGAAGCGACACAAGAACCUCGCCGCCCAUGUCUCCCCUGCCUUCCGUGUUGAGGAGGGUGACCAGGUCACCGUGGGACAGUGCCGGCCCCUGAGCAAGACUGUCCGAUUCAACGUUCUCCGUGUGCUGCCCCGCACCGGCAAGGCCGUCAAGAAGUUCUCCAAGUUCUAAAAGGGUCGAAUGAGUGGGAUCUCCUUUGGCAUUUCUGGCGUCGCUUGCUUGAUGGUUUUUACAAAGAAAUGGGCGGCGGGUCAAGGGGCGAACUGCAAAAGGACACGAGGAUGCCUUUAGUGCAGGUUGGAAUGAAAACGAAAUCGGCAUUACCCAAGCCUCCUGAUGACGAGCGGGCACACACGAGGCCAUUGUGAUAUCGUCGACGAGCAGUGGGACCGAGGUCUCCGUCAACGAAGAAAAGAGAUCUCAAACACGAAUGGGGUCCAUCACUGCCUGAACCGUCCGAGGAGAGGGCAAACCCGUUCACUGAACGUGCUCAGGCCGAGCCGAUCACAUUGGAAUAUUUGCGACAUGGGCUUAGCGGACACGCCCCCCCCCCCCCCGGGGGCCCGGGAACGACUCGGACAUAUCAUGAAUGUAGAAAUGCAGGAUUGAGAGGCCGGUUCCGUUUCCAAGCACAAUCAUUCUAAUCCUCCCAAGCCUGAGGUGUCUCUGCACAGCGCCAAGAGUUCUGGCUCACUCCUCAAAUGCCGUGACAUCGAAAUGACAAGUGGAGCCCAUAUGGUACGUAUUGUACUGUAGAGGUAGGAGGGAAGACCCAAUGCACCAGGUGCCUUCUGGAACUCCUGGGGAAAAUGGAUGCGCCCAACCCCCCCCCCCCCCAAUCGUAGUUGUGGGCCGUCUUUUGGUUUCCCUCUGCUCG